GUUACUGGGUGUGCUUACAUUUUUGGUUGGUAGUAUAGCUUUUGAGAAAUAUUAUGGAAAAAUACAUGGUCUGUGCGAACCCGUCUGGCCCACAAGGCUUGGGUAGCAAGCUUUAUUGCAGGGUGCCUUCCAUCUGGGUACAUGAGGCACUUCUGGUUUUGCCUAAUAUCCCAGCUAUUUUGCUCCAAUCAAUGUUUCUUUCACCUUUCGCGGUUACACAAGUCCCUACUGGAGGGGAGCAAAUACUUUCAGCGGGAUGAGUAUGCUCCCAAGGAACUCCAAAGGCGUGAAAAUGGGUGGGAUAGUGUCUGUUCCAUGAGUCAUGAAACCCUCCUCUGGUUGCUGGGAACCACACCUCGGUUAACGAGUGAAGAAAACACAGCCGCCAUAUUGUUCUGGGAAGCUGAGUCACCAAGUAGAGGGAUGGUGGUGGCAGGUGUAGCUUCUAACCCGCUCCUUUCUCUUCCUCAGGUUGCAGUCUUCAGAAUGAUUCCCUGCAGAGCAGCCCUGUCCUUUGCCCGAUGUCUGAUCCGGAGAAAAAUUGUCACUCAAGACAGUCUAGAAGAUUCCAAAUUAUGCCGCUGCUUAUCCACCAUGGACCUCAUUGCUCUGGGGGUUGGAAGCACUCUCGGAGCUGGGGUUUACGUCCUUGCUGGGGACGUUGCCAAAUCAGAUUCUGGCCCAAGUAUUGUUGUUUCUUUCCUCAUUGCUGCCCUAGCUUCUGUGAUGGCAGGCCUUUGCUAUGCUGAAUUUGGAGCCCGAGUUCCCAAGACGGGGUCUGCGUAUUUAUACACAUAUGUGACUGUGGGAGAGCUGUGGGCCUUCAUCACUGGCUGGAAUCUCAUUUUGUCUUAUGUGAUAGGUACAUCAAGUGUUGCAAGAGCAUGGAGUGGCACCUUCGAUGAACUUCUUAGCAAACAGAUUGGCCAGUUUUUUAGGACAUACUUCAAAAUGAAUUAUUCCGGUCUUGCAGAAUACCCAGACUUUUUUGCUGUGUGUCUUAUAUUACUUCUGGCAGGUCUUUUAUCCUUUGGAGUAAAAGAGUCCGCAUGGGUGAAUAAAGUCUUCACAGCUAUUAAUAUGCUGGUCCUUCUUUUUGUGAUGGUCGCUGGAUUUGUGAAAGGAAAUGUGGCAAACUGGAAGAUCAGUGAAGAAUUUCUCAGAAAUAUAUCAGCAAGCACCAGAAAGCUACCUUCUGAAAAUGGAACAUAUGUCUAUGGGGCUGGUGGCUUUAUGCCUUUCGGCAUCACGGGAACUUUGGCCGGUGCUGCAACUUGCUUUUAUGCCUUUGUGGGAUUUGAUUGCAUUGCAACAACUGGUGAAGAAGUCCGGAAUCCCCAGAAGGCUAUCCCUAUUGGAAUUGUGACUUCUUUACUUGUUUGCUUUAUGGCCUACUUUGGGGUCUCUGCAGCUUUAACACUUAUGAUGCCCUACUACCUCCUGGAUGAGAAAAGUCCCCUUCCUGUAGCAUUUGAAUACGUUGGAUGGGGUCCUGCCAAAUAUGUCGUUGCAGCAGGCUCCCUCUGUGCUUUGUCAACGAGUCUUCUUGGAUCCAUUUUCCCAAUGCCUCGUGUAAUCUAUGCUAUGGCGGAGGAUGGGUUGCUUUUCAAAUGUCUAGCUCAAGUCAAUUCCAAAACGAAGACACCAGUAAUUGGUACUUUAUCAUCCGGUGCGGUGGCAGCUCUGAUGGCGUUCCUGUUUGACCUGAAGGCACUCGUGGACAUGAUGUCCAUUGGCACACUUCUGGCCUACUCUCUGGUUGCAGCCUGCGUCCUCAUUCUCAGGUACCAGCCUGGGUUGUGUUAUAAGCAGCCCAAAUAUUCAUCUGAGAAAGCGGCUCUGGCAUCAUGCACUAGCCCUGCCUCCAAGAGCGAGUCCCAGGUCACCAUGCUUCAGGACCAGGGCUUCAGCCUGCGGUUCCUCAUUUACCCCUCCGCCGUGCCUACACAGCAGUCGGCUUGUCUCGUGAGCUUUCUGGUAGGAUUCCUGGCAUUCCUUGUCUUGGGGCUGAGCAUUCUGACCACCCACGGGGUUCACGCCAUCAUGGGGCUGGAGGCCUGGAGCCUGGCCCUCCUGGCACUGCUGCUUUUCCUCUGCAUCGCCACCAUCCUCACCAUUUGGAGGCAGCCGCAGAGUCAGCAAAAGGUCUCCUUUAUGGUACCAUUCUUACCGUUUUUACCGGCGUUCAGCAUCCUCGUGAACAUCUACUUGAUGGUGCAGCUGAGCGCAGAGACUUGGAUCAGAUUUAGCAUUUGGAUGGCACUUGGCUUCCUGAUUUACUUUGCUUAUGGCAUCAGACACAGCCUGGAGCGUGGUUCGGAGGACGAAGAUGAAGAUGAUGAUUCAGGCAGUGUAAACGCGGCAACAGCAGUGAAAUCUGCCAUGCAAGCAAAUGACCGUCACCAAAGAAGCCUCAGUUUACCUUUCCCGUUCCACGAAAAGACAAGCGAGUGCUAACGUCUGCAGGUGCAGGGCUGCUCCGCCCUCUUAACCUACAUGUCCUACAUGGAGUAACUAUGACAGACUGUCGUCAUCAUGCUAGGUUGUCGUCAUCAUGCUAGGCUGUCGUCAUCAUGCUAGGCUGUCGUCAUCAUGCUAGGCUGUCAUCAUCAUGCGAGGCUGUCGUCAUCAUGCUAGGUUGUCAUGGGUGUGCUAUGGGCAUAGUUCACACUAAUGUGUGCUCACUCUUGGGGACAGCAUCCCCUGGUGUGCUGAAUGUAUGUGCCUGGGGUAACCUCCAGCUGAGCUCCCUCCUCAGUGAUGGCUAUCCCCAGGCAGCGUGUGUGUGGGUGUGGGUGUGUGGAUGUACAUGUUGGGGAAGGUGAAUGUUGAGAACUGUUGGUGUUUGCCUGUUAUUGCAUUACAUUUUUCCAGUGUUGUCAUUACGGGGUGACAUAUACCGCACAGUCUGAAAUGGAGGUAAAUCCCUGAAGAGAAAAUGUUCUGUAUAUGUUCUUAUUUAGAACAUGCUGAAAACGCAAUCACCCAUCACGGUGUGUAUCACUGGUCAGGGGUGAGAGGGUGGGAUAGGAAAGAGCCAUUUCUUUAAGUUGUAAAUGCCAGCAGUGGGUUUCAUAUAGGUGUUUGUUUUGUUUUGUUUCCUAUGAGGAAUGACCGUUUGCUAAAACUCAGCCAGUAAGAGUGUUUGUUUCUGCUGUUCUGUGCAACACAGAAGUGGCACUGAGUCACCAAUGGUACCCCUGUGAACUCCUGUCUUCUUUGAGAGCGAACAACAAUAACAAAAAACUAUUGCCAUUGAGUCGAUUCUGACUCAUAGUGACCCUAUAGGGCAGCGUAGAAUUGCCCCACAGGGUUUCCAAGGAGCGCCUGGUGGAUUGAAACUGCCGACCUUUGGAGUAACAGCUGAGCUCUUAAUCCCUGCACCUUAAGUUGGAGCCCCUCGCCUGCUGUGAAUGAUGGCACCUCUCCACCCCAUCAGGGGCUUGAAGGAGUCACGUGCUCUACUGGGGUAGGGCCCUGCACAGCCAGAAAGCUCACGUUAGAUCAAAUUGAUACCAAACACCCUUGCUUUGAAAGCCACUUAAAAUAAGCCAGUUGAGUCUCCCACAUCACACAAUUGGUGGAACGAUUCGUACCACUUUCCAUUCUUUAAUAACUAAUCACACGUCAGUUCUUCUAACCUCUUCAGACACAGAAUUCACUCCUUUUCUUUUUUUUCUAUUACUGUUUUGUUUUGCUCUAAAUAUGUGGGGCUACAGUAACAAAUUCUGUCUUUAUUUCAUGGAAAAAAAGGGGGGAAAAUAAAGGGGUACAAGAAGAGAAAUUUCCCUAUUCUGACAUUAAAGUGCCUAUUCAGCUAUUAAAGGGCAUUUGGCCCAAUUUGAGGGCUUCAUAUCUAAUUUGCCUCUGAUGUUUCUUUCGGAGACAUUUAGGAAUGUUCGCCCCUUCAAAUAAAUUAUUUAGCACUUUUGAUUUCAUUUGUUUUCAAAUGAUUACAUUAAAGCUAUUAAUAAUACGAACACCAGCAUUGUACAAUAACCCAUCAGUGGUUAGGGAAAAAAUGUUUUGGUCAAAUACAUGAUUAUUUUAAACUCCAAUCUAGAAAGUUAAUCAAAUUGAAGUAAAACUAUAAGCACAGUGACCUUUGUAUAUGAACGAAAAAAAAUUUUUUUUACAUGUAAAAUUCUCUAAUUGCUGUAUUUCACUUUAUAGGGUUUUCUGACACUGAACUGUUUAGCUGCAGUGUGCUUUGCUUCUCGUGAAAUUUUUUUUCUUACAAAUAAUUACGUAGUUUCACUAGAUGAGGCGAGAAGCUAAAGAUUUAUGAAUGGGUUACAAUCCCAAGAUCCUUGUGGUGAACAUGGUUACCACGCACGCCAGUUGAACCAGACUAAUCCAAAGACAAGGGGAACAUUCGUUUUUCUAACAGCUCUUCCAAGAGGUCAGUUAUUUUGUGGAUGCCAUUAAAAAACAAGAUGUGAUGGAUUUGUUUAGCCAAGAGGGUAUCGUGAUUAAACAUCAAAUACACAGGUAGAAAGCCUGGCCUUCCAGCUGCUAUGUCGUAGCAUCCUUGACACAGAAAUCAGUACUGACAUUCCACAAUUUCCAGGGUGCACGUGGUGAAACCUGAAGUUUAGACUCCUUUCAAACUCCGUGUUUUACUGGAGAGGAGAGCUCAGAGAAGCCAGUGGGAAAACGCUUUUUAAAGGACUGCAGGUGUACUCGAAAAUCCUCCGUCUUGCAGCCACACACUGAGAACCCCUUUUUAUCUCCAAUAAAUAAAAAUAGCCCUUCACAGGGAAUAUGAGGAAUUGGAUAUAUAAACAUCUAACUCUUUUACUGUAAAAAAAAAAUCAAGAAAUGUGUUUAGAACAUGACAGGCAGCUAAAACUAUGUCCACUGUGUCCAAUGAAGAGCAAGAUUUAGUUAAAAAAUGACUUCUGCACAUUGAAACACUUCACAAACACAGAUAUCGAGGAUAAAAUACUUUGCUGGUGACUGUGCUUUUUUCCCACCCUGUGAUGACUUAAACGGGCAUGUAUGUUUGUGUGUGUGUGUGUCAACAUAUUUACGUGUGCAUGUGUGGGUGUGUGGAUAUAUAGAUGUAUUUCAAAUGCCAGUGUGUAAGUAAGUUGGGUCUCUGAUGGACUUUGGAAAUGAUAUUUUUAUGUGGAUCAGAAACCCAACUGAUGUGGAGAAAAAUUGUUUUAUAUUGAUAGGUAUGCCUAUAUAAAAUUAUUAGGUUUUAAACUAUUUUGAGAUAUACAACAAUUUUAUAUGUAUAAUAUUUUCUAUCAAUAGAUUCUUUAAGGAAUAUUUAUAAUGUUUCUAAUAUGAAAUCACUAAACUCUAGGACAUUAUAACAGGUGUUUUAUAGCCUGAAAUGGAGUCGGGGUAGAGGGCCAUAGAGCAUUUCAGUUUACUUGUUUGUGUUACACCUUUUCUGACGUAUCUGUCUUGGUAUGUGUUUAUUAGUAAAAGCCAGUACUAUCAAGUCUUUUACCACCUCUCUUCCUGUAUUUGGAUUCUUAACCUUUUGAAGAAGAUGUUCUUUUCACUUUCUUAGGAUUAACCAAAUGUUUUGUAUAUAUUUGACUAGUAAUCAAUCAACUUCAUAUAAAGUCCUCUCCGGAAAUUAAAAAAUACAUAUACACAUUCUCUGAAUUGUCAUUGAGUAAAAACAGCAGCUUACAUUUUCUUUUUUACUUUCAGAAAUAUGUUCUCUUAGCAUUUUCAGUGAGAUAACUUCUCGUAACAGCACCUUCGUUUCAUACUAAAAAAAAAAACAAAGAGGCAACGAUUUGAGCUACCACAUAAAGGCAGCGCCAGCCCUCCCUCUAGGAAGACAGCUAUGCAAAUUCAAGUUUAAAAAUUGUAAGUUCUGAUACAUACUGAAAUGUAGAUUAUUGCUUAAUCACAUUUUCCCCAGGGGUAAACCGGCAAACUAAGGCCAAAGCAUAAUUUGAGAUAUAAACUUACAGAAAAACUACUAUUGGUGUGUUUACCCACCGCACCCCGUCGAAUCGGUUCCAGCUCCUACCAGCUCCACAGGACAGAGCAGAACUGCCCCGCAGGGCUUCCGAGGUGGCUAUGAGUUGGAAUCCCCUUGAUAGCAAAGGAUGUAAUGUUUACCGACGCAGCCCGCCACAUCUUUCUCCCUCAGAGCAGCUCGUGGGCUCGAACUGCUGACCUUUUGUUUAGCAGCCGAGCACUUAACCACUGUGCCACCAUAAAACCGUAGCCUUUGAGUUGAUUUCAAUUCAUAGCGACCCUAUAAAAAAAAAAAAAAUAGGACCAUAAAACCACCCUCUAGGGUUUCCAAGGAGCAGCUGGUGGAUUUGAACUGCUGACCUUCUGGUUAGCAGCUGAGCUCUUAACCACUACACCACCAGGGCUCCACUGUGCUACUGUAGUUGAUAGAAAAUACCAGUUUCAGAGUUCUCUUCCUUUAAAAGAGGUAAGCCUCUCUUAAACUUUCUGCAUAAGGAAUUUUUAAAAAACAUUUUUAUUUUAACUAUUAGUCAAAAUAUUUUCUAAGUCCUGGG